GAUUUACAAAUUUCUAGCAGCUUUGAAAGUGAAUAUAACAGCAAUAAUUGCUUAAACGAUUGCGUAUCUAUGGAUAAUUUAGACGAUAAUGACAUAUUUGAAGAUGGUUUAGAAAAUGAAGAUAGCUAUGAGCUUGAAAAUGGUUUGGAAAAUGAGCAUCAACUAAUAUUUGCCCAAUUUGGUUGUGAUUUAACCAUCGAUCAAAUUGAAUAUUAUCUUGAGUUUCAAGAAUAUCCUAAAACUUCCUUAACUGGUGUUGCUAGUAUUUAUAAUGUUUCUGGUUGGGAAUCGGAUGAUGCUACAAAAGCUUUUAGAAUUUCUAAUAUUCAAUAUGCUUAUAGCGAUCCUGGAAAUAUUCGAUCAAUUCAAAAAUAUCUAUUUUUGGGUGUAUUUGUUCAAAAAACUUAUCGCUCGUACCUUAGUAUAAAAGUAUACGAAUUUAGCUCAACAACUCUUGACAUUGAACAUAUGUCAGUUGAUUUUGAAGAUCAACUUUAUAAAAAAAUCUUUGAUGUGAAUGAAUUUUUAGUUGAUACGUUUACUCUUAAUAUAUACGGUCAAGCUUAUAAUAUGCCAUGUUCUUAUAUUGAUCCAAUUACUAAUAUUUGUUGUGAUAGUAAUCCUAUACAUAGAGAAUAUAAACAGGAUUCUAAAGCUCAACCUAUUAAUGAAUGUUUCACAAUUUUUCCAAAUUCUUCUACAAGAAUUUAUUGUC